AGAGAAACAAAAACAAAAUGAUGAGCUUCAAAAUGAGUGGUUUUCUAUUGAUGUUGGUUGCAAUAAUUUUAAUGAUUGCUCCUUCAACUAUGGCUUGCAUUGCUAAUGGACGUAAUUGUCAACCCGAUGGAAGUUUAGGAAAUUGUUGUACAGGAAAUUGUUACAAACAACAAGGAUGGGCCAUGGGUGAUUGCCGAUAAAAAAAAAUCCAUUAAUUGUGCGACAA